AUGCCGCCAGCUGCAACUGCAGCUUUUCUGAUGGAGUGGCUUCCCAGGGAAGGUUGUAAAGUGGCUGAGAGGAAGCUGACAGUUGAAGAGGAGGAAGCCAAGAGGAUUGCAGAGAUGGGCAAACCAAUACUCGGAGAGCAUCCCAAACUAGAAGUCAUCAUUGAGGAGUCCUAUGAAUUCAAGAGCACUGUGGACAAGCUGAUUAAGAAGACAAACCUGGCUUUGGUUGUAGGGACACAUUCCUGGAGGGACCAGUUCAUGGAGGCCAUUACUGUCAGCGCAGCGGGUGAUGAGGAUGAGGAUGAGUCCGGCGAGGAGCGCCUGCCGUCCUGCUUCGACUAUGUGAUGCACUUCCUGACUGUCUUCUGGAAGGUGCUGUUUGCCUGCGUGCCCCCCACCGAGUACUGCAACGGCUGGGCCUGCUUCGUCGUCUCCAUCCUCAUCAUCGGCAUGCUCACGGCCGUCAUUGGCGACCUCGCCUCCCAUUUCUCCUGUUGGACCCCCAAUGAUUUCUCCUUCCCUCCUCCCCCAACCCCAGACACGUUCGCCAGCAAAGCUGCAGCCAUCCAGGACGUGUACGCCGACGCCUCCAUCAGCAACGUCACGGGCAGCAACGCCGUCAAUGUCUUCCUGGGCAUCGGGCUGGCGUGGUCGGUGGCGGCCAUCUACUGGGCGUCACAGGGGCAGGAGUUCCAGGUGUCGGCGGGCACGCUGGCCUUCUCCGUCACCCUCUUCACCAUCUUCGCCUUCAUCUGCAUCAGCGUCCUCCUCUACCGCCGGCGGCCCCACCUCGGGGGGGAACUGGGCGGCCCCCGGGGGUGCAAACUGUUGGCCACGACGUUGCUCUUCGUCAGCCUCUGGCUGCUGUACAUCCUCUUCGCCACCCUGGAGGCCUAUUGCUACAUCAAGGGGUUUUAG